GCCCAGGCCCCGGGGAAGCGCCCAGCGCCUCUGGGAAGCAGCAGUGCCUGCGGGACAAGCCCAGACGCCCGUGGCCGGAUCGCAGGAGGCCGGGGCGCGGGAGCGGGACCGGCAGCGCGGAGCCGCGAUGGUGGACACCGAGAGCCCGCCGUGCCCGCUGUCCCCGCUGGCGCCGGACGACCUGGACAGUCCGCUCUCGGAGGAGCUGCUGCGGGAGAUGGGGAGCCUGCCGGAGCUGUCGCGGGCCCUCGGGGAGGACGGCCCCGGGGCCUUCGGCUUCCCAGAGUGUCCGCACCUGGGCGGCCCCGGCUCCGAGGGCUCGGCGGCCACAGACACCCUCUCACCGGCCUCCAGCCCCUCGUCCGCCACCUGCCCCGCGGGCGCGGGGGCUGCCGACGAGCCGUCCGGCGCGAGCCUGAACAUCGAGUGCAGAAUCUGCGGGGACAAGGCCUCGGGCUACCACUACGGCGUCCACGCGUGCGAGGGCUGCAAGGGCUCUCCCCACCUGAGCGUGAGCCCCGAGCGAGCCCUCGCCCCGAGCCGGCCCCUGAGCGUGGGUGCCCGGGGCCAAGCCUGGCCCUUCGUCAUCCACGACAUGGAGACGCUGUGCACGGCCGAGAAGACGCUGGUGGCCGAGCUGGUGGCCGACGGCGUCCAGAACAAGGAGGCCGAGGUGCGCAUCUUCCACUGCUGCCAGUGCAUGUCGGUGGAGACGGUCACGGAGCUCGCCGAGUUCGCCAAGUCCAUCCCGGGCUUCGCCGGCCUGGACCUCAACGACCAGGUCACGCUGCUCAAGUACGGCGUGUACGAGGCCAUCUUCGCCAUGCUGUGCUCCGUGAUGAACAAGGACGGCAUGCUGGUGGCCUGCGGCCGCGGCUUCGUCACGCGCGAGUUCCUCCGGGGCCUGCGGAAGCCCUUCUGCGACAUCAUGGAGCCCAAGUUCGACUUCGCCGUCAAGUUCAACGCGCUGGGGCUGGACGACAGCGACCUCUCGCUCUUCGUGGCGGCCAUCAUCUGCUGCGGAGGUGCGUGGGCCGCGUGGGGCGGGCGGCGGCCGGGUGUGGGGAGGUCUCCCGCCCGGCUGCUGGCCUCGGCCUGCAGGCCCUCCACGGGGCCCUGGAAACCCAGCCCUCGCCACCCAGCUGCCCCUGGACGCCUCGCUGUGCAGCGGCUGGCCAGAGGCUUGGAAGGCCACUGCGGCUUGCUGCUGAACGAUGUGGACGGGCAGUGA